GUGAGAAGCGACAUCAGUCGAACUACUCACUUCGUCACCAACAUUUUAUUUUAUUUAUUUUUAUAGGAAGAAGCGAAAAAUUCAAUCAAAAUGGCAGAAAAUUUCACAGAAAACGAACCUAUUGCUUUUCCUUUCAAAAUGGUAUCCCACGAGAUCCAAAAGCACAUGCUGGGCUGGAACAUACCGGAGGAGCACCGGCACUUGGUACACGAACACUGGCGACAGUUUCCUGACGUGGAUCGAUCCUCGCACUAUCUCCUGGCGCUCAUAUACACCAUCCUCACCAUCUCCUCUGUGACCGGCAACGGACUCGUUAUUUGGAUAUUUAGCACAUCCAAAUCCCUGCGCACACCAAGUAACAUGUUCGUGAUCAACCUGGCGCUCUUCGACCUGGCCAUGAUGGGGGAGAUGCCGCACCUCAUCUUGAACUCCUUCUACCAGAGGAUGCUGGGCUACGAGCUCGGCUGCGACAUCUAUGCGGUGCUGGGCUCGCUGUCUGGUAUUGGUGGGGCUAUGACCAACGCUGUUAUAGCGUAUGAUAGAUACAAAACAAUAUCCUCACCAAUCGACGGGCGAAUCAACAGAACCCAGGCAACACUACUAGUUAUAUUCACGUGGCUCUACGCGAUGCCAUUCACGGUGUUUCCGCUCACGAAGACCUGGGGUAGAUUUGUUACUGAGGGUUUCCUAACAACAUGUUCAUUUGACUUCCUGAGCGAUGACGUAAAGACGUUUGUAUUGUGCAUAUCUAUUUGGAGCUAUGUGAUUCCAAUGACUCUUAUCUGCACCUUCUAUCUCAAGCUAUUCGGUGCUGUGCGCCAUCACGAGAGAAUGCUGAAGGAGCAGGCCAAGAAGAUGAAUGUCAAAUCGCUUGCUUCUAACAAAGAAGAUGCUGGUAAGAGUGUGGAGAUCAGAAUCGCGAAGGUGGCAUUCACCAUCUUCUUCCUGUUUAUCUGUUCUUGGACGCCUUAUGGCAUCGUUGCCAUGAUUGGAGCGUUCGGAGACAGAUCAUUACUAACACCUGUGGUGACGAUGAUCCCAGCAGUAUUCUGCAAAGCUGUUUCCUGUCUCGACCCCUGGGUCUACGCUAUUAACCACCCAAGAUUCAGGGUGGAGUUAGAAAAGCGGGUGCCAUGGAUGGGAGUCAGGGAACCUGAUCCCGAUACUCAGUCUUCCACCGGCAGCGCAGUCACCAAUUCCGCAGAGGCAUAGACAAUCAAGAACUGACCAUGGACAACGAUAACCAAAGACAAUAAAAGCGACGACAACGACGACCAUAGGCAACGUUUCAGGAUACACUAGCAUUUGUUUCUAUUCAUGAAAUAAUAAUGAAGACAGACUGAAUAGCUUUAAAAGUACUUGUAAUCGUAAUUUAUAUUGAAGCUGUCCAUAAUGUAAAGAUCAUACAUACUAUUAAACAUUGUAUGAAUUUUUUUUUAUAUACAGCAUUUCAAAUAAUAAUACUACUAUUUCGAUACUACAGAGUAAUCCAAAACUGGAUCAUACCAACUAAAGAACUAAAUUUCCAACUUUUUGUAGCUUUGAAAGAAAAAUAUUAUUAUAAUUAUUAAAUGAAUAGGAAUAUUUGUUAGAUUAUGAUAUUAUGAUAUUCAAAGAGCGCAAUAUAUAAAACUCAGAGGACAGAAAAAAGGUCUAAUCAUUCGCUUAAAGCAUAACAGACUGUAUUUACCUUGUAUUUAUAAUAAAUAGUUUUAAUAAUGACGAUGAUCCCAAACGACUACGGCGAACAUUUUUUCUAGUGAAAAAAGAAAUAUAACAUGAUGAAAAUAACUAUA